GUAGUCCAAGCCGAAGUGGCGCAGUGACGACAGGACAGCGAUGGGACAUGGACGAUGUUUACCCAGAAUAAAUCAAAGUGAAACUUGUACUGUAGCGUUAGCCACAGACAGGCGGCAGUUGUUGUGUUUGUAGCGGCGCUACCGUGUAUUUGUACAAAGUUUAAUUAGAAAGUACACAGCCGUGGUGUAACUUAGCGGGACUGUUGUUCCAGCGGAAGGAAGUUUGCGGUGAGGGAAACCGAGGAGGGCCGUAAUAUCCUGACAUGGAGGAGUCCGGCUCGGCGCUGGAGAAGAAUGUGGCUGACCUAACGGUGAUGGACGUGUACGACAUAGCGGCGGUGGUGGGUCAGGAGUUUGAGCGGAUUAUUGACCAGUAUGGCUGCGAGGCUCUGUCUAGGCUCAUGCCCAAAGUGGUGCGGGUUCUUGAGAUCCUAGAGGUGAUGGUGAGCCGCAACAGCAUCAGCCCGGACACCGAGGAGCUGCGGCUGGAGCUGGACAAGCUGCGGCUGGAGAGGAUGGACCGGCUGGAGAAAGAGAAGAAGCACAGGAAGGAGCUGGAGCUGGUGGAGGAUGUGUGGAGAGGAGAAGCUCAGGAUCUGCUCUCACAGAUCGCUCAGCUGCAGGAGGAGAACAAAACUCUGCUGACCAACAUGUCCAUCAAAGACCCCAUGAGUGAGGAGGACCUGCAGAGGCAUGAGGGUAUGUCAGAGAGAGAGCGGCAGGUGAUGAAGAAGCUUAAAGAGGUGGUGGACAAGCAGAGGGACGAGAUCAGAGCCAAGGACCGGGAGCUCACGCUGAAGAACGAGGACAUAGAAGCACUCCAGCAGCAGCAGUCUCGUCUCAUGAAGAUCAACCAUGACCUGCGUCAUAAAAUCUCUGUGGUGGAGGCUCAGGGGAAAGCCCUCAUUGAGCAGAAGGUGGAACUGGAAGCUGGUGCUCAGGCUCAAGGCCAGGAAGUCACUGCACUGCGGCAGGAAGUGAUUCGCUUAAGGGAGCGACUUCAAGGAGAACAGCCCACCCAGAAUUCUGAGGAGCCCUCACCUCUGCCACCCUCACCUGCAAAGCAUGGCAAAGGUGCUGCCGUGCUAGCAGCGGCACACAGCCCUGACCUCUCAGAGGUGAUGUCUGGUGGGCUCGACCUCGCCCAACCACUGCCUCUGCCUGCUUCCCUCAGUCCAGAGGGACACGAGGACGAGGAUGAGGAGGCUGAGGAAGAGGCAGCGUUGCUUUGGGAGGCGAUGUACGAUGAGGACAUGCCUGCUGUGUUCCAAUAUUUUACAAAGGAGGCGCUGUGUGAGGAGGAGACAGGAGGUCUGGACCUGAAGGACCCGUGUCGACCGCGGUUCACGCUGCAGGAGCUGAGGGACGUCCUGCACGAGAGGAACGAGCUCAAGGCCAAAGUCUUCCUGCUGCAGGAGGAGCUGGCUUACUAUAAAAGUGAUGAGACGGAAGAUGAGAGUGUCACUCCCUCACCUGAACCUAGGACCCGCUCCCAAUCUUCUGCCCAGCCAGAGUCAGGGAUCAAACGCCUGUUUAGUUUCUUCUCGCGCGACAAACAGCGGCCUUCGCAGCGGGGUGUGCAGUUUGACGGCAGCUUCGGCUCGUGGGCGAGGAAGGAGGACGUGUACACAGAACAAGCGCAGGAGGCGCUACAGCACAUGUAGAAACUCCACAAAAACAAAAACAAACUCUUAACACUCCGCAUUCAUCGUUCUAGAAUCUCCACUGUGACUCGCGCUCCAGAUGAAACAUCGUGAGAGGAGAGGAGCGACCGCAAGAAGGGUGAAAAACUCGUUUUUUUUAAUAAAAAUGUUAAUUUAAACACUGUAGAUCCACAUUAAUGGCUAAUGCAGACUUUUAAAAAAAAUGCAAGAAUAUAUAUUGUUGCCCUGAAGGUUUUUACAGAAAAAGACGAGUAGACAGAGGAGGAAACGUUGUGGUAAAGUCCAGAGAAAAUGAAGAGUGAACAUUUCUACAUAGAUGAAGAUGCGGGACACAAAAGUGUGCAAUAAAUAUUCUGUCUGAAUACACAACUCAGUUGUUUGAGUGGAAAAUGGAGUUGAUAUUUAAAGGGUUUCAAAGGCAAAUCUGCACAAAGAUGAGAUUAUUGUUAUUUUUUUUCCCCUCAUUCUGAGCUGAAGAUUAUUUUUCAAAAUAAGAGCAACACUUUUGUGUCCCAUUAAAGCUGCUGUCAAUGAAAUGUGUUAUGUAGGUCCAUAUUGGGGCUUUUUUUCCAGUAUCAGUAGACUCUUUGGUAGGAAUGCGUCUUAUUCCCAGCGUCCAGACUUGUACCGCCACCCGAUGGUGACGUCAGAUACUACAGGACCCUGACGCGCGAGUAUACCAGGGUCCGCGAUGUGCGACGCACACUGUGUACCAGGGCCUUAAAUCUAGGACAAACAUUGUCCAAUAUCUGUCCUUUCUGACCAAGAAAGACAGGAAGUCUGGGAGAAGAUCACUGACAGCAGCUUUAAUUGUUCCGUCACCAGCAUUCAGUUGAACCUAUGCAGCUCCACAGAUUUUAUUCAUUCGGUGCCUUGCAAUAAAAUGUAUCAACUGUAUUAUUCAUGCAAUGCAACAUACAGUAACUAUGGAAGCCCAUUCUGCCAUAAAAAAAAAAAAGAAAAGACAUAGCUUAAUUGUGAUUAAAAAUUUUAACUUUGACAGUUUUAACUUACUUACUGGUCAAAUGUAUGACUUUUCUCUUUUUGGACUCUUCAUGCCAAGUUUGUCAGAGCCGUCAUUAAUUAUUUUAUCUUAUUUAAUUAUUAUUUGUAACAACGUUGACUUAAAGGUAGAUCUGCAACUCACGUAUUCAAUAACUUUUCUCGAUUGAUUGAGUGUGAAUUCUGAGAUUGAGGGUGUGGCUCAGGUGUAGAGCAGGUAAACAACAACAGCAGUAGCAGUAUUAUUAGUUUUCAUGAAGAAGUUUUCAAACUGUUCUUCAUUUCUACAAAUACAUUUAAAAAUUAGUUUAAUAACAAUUGCUCUAUAUAACUUGACUGUCUAACAUUUAUUUAUGAAACUGACACAUUUAAAUGAAAAUAUGUGCAGUUAACUGUAAUGCUUUGAUUUGUUGGCAUCUUAACUGUAACCUCAUAAAUCUUAACUUAGUUUAUUUAUUUAUUCUGUAUUAUCUCUUCAGAUUCUGACAUUAAUGGGCUUCCAUACUGUGUGUGUAUGUGUAUUUUUGACUCAAAUCAACCAUGACAUGAGCACAAAUGUUCACCCUGUGAGAGCAAUAGUUUAUCACCGUCAACUCACGUUGCCAAAAAAUGUCCCUGCUCCUCGUGCACCUUCUGUCUGUGAACCCACAGUGAGGCAAAAAGCAGAAUUUUACCUUUGUAUUGUAGCGUUGUAUUUAUUUUAAGAAGACUUUUGAGAGGUGAAGAGCAUCGGUUUAAAACUGGUUAUAAAAGACAAAGCUGAAGUUGGAGUAACGUGUUUUUAAAACUGCUAAUCAGUGGUCGGUGCUUGUGCAUUCGUAGCUCGCGUUCACACUAAAGCCUGACACUGACGGGUGUCUAUGAGAGGCCGUGAAUAACUGCAGUGUGAACAGGUGUGGUUUUUUUUUUUUUAAUACUAGUGGCACUUUGUCUUCAUUUAUGGAAGAAUAUUAGGGCCACGUGUAAUCUAAAAAACAAUGAAACGACAUGAAUUCUGAGGAAAAAAAGUCAGUCAAUUCAUGCCGUUUUAUUUAUUUAUUUUACAUGUGGCCCUAAUACUCUUCCGUAUUCAUUUAUAUUCACUUAAAACAGUGAGAAUACAGUCGGGUUGGGAAUCACGUGGCCAUGCAUUAAUAAUUUUGUGGGGCAUUUUCCUCUAUGAACAGCUGUGGCUUUGGUACAAGUUUUGGGUUUUUUAGGGUCCACGGUGGUCAUGAUUUUAGCGAAUAUUCUAAAUUGUUUUAGAAAUAGACACAUGACAUACGUCUACAGUGAUUUAAUGGGCACUACACUACAGAAGAAUGGCCAAAAAUCAGGAAAAGGUGUGUAUUUUUUGCAAAUGGGUGUUUUUUUUUGUUUUGUUUUUUAUUUUAUAGUGUUGUGGUGAAGAUAUGGGCAAUUUGUAGACGGUCCCUGAGUAGUUCUGCAUCACAGCCAGCUGUUCACAGAGGAUAAUGAGGUUAGAGGAAAAAUCCACCACUUGUGUCUCAACAGUAACACAUCAUGUUUCUUUCUUACUGUGGGACAAUUGAAUUGUCAAUAGAGUUAUUAAAAAACAAACAUAACAAUGUGUUAUUAAUGCCUGGCUCCACGUGCCGUUAUCAUCAAAGGGAACUGAAGUUUAAAUUCAAUUCAUGUAAAUAUUUAAAGGGAAAUUUGGUCACAACAAGGCAACAUUUUUCCAUAUAUGAUGCCAGGUUUAUUUAAGUCAGUGUUGACCACAUCUCUCAUGUGUUUCCUUCCAGUCUUCUAUGAACCCCAAUUCAAAUGUAUAUUUAAAAGACAUCAGUGCUUUAUUAAAUAAACUGGCUUUUAUUUGAAA